GGUGCAGCGGAUUUUUUUAUCACUCAUUUUAAGCUUGGGUGCUGGAUGGAUUAAUCUUUCUUUUGACUUUUCUACCGAUCAAGAAACCAGUGAUUAGACAUGGCCGUCCACCAGCAGCCGACCCAGGUGGUGACGGUGAUGCGCACAACCCAGGGCCCUGGGGCAUGGAGCACCGGCCUCUGUGACUGCUGCAUGGAUAUGAGCAGCUGUUGCUGUGGUUGGUGGUGCUUUCCCUGCAUGCAGUGUCAGACUGCUGGAGAUCAUGGAUGGUGCUGCUGCAUGCCGCUGUUGGACUUCUGUUGUGUGGUGUCCUGCUUACUCCGCUCCUCCAUCCGAGAGCGCCAUGAUAUUCCGGGCUCGUGCUGUGACGACUGCUGCAAGUUGAUGUGGUGCUACCCGUGCGUCUGGUGCCAGAUGCAUCGUGAGGUGAAGAUCAGGAAAAACCGACCGACCAACAGCUCAGUGGUCACCACGCAGGUUUAUCCAAGAUAGGACACAACCCGUUUUGUUUGUGGGCUAAGGGUUUGCCACAUGUUCAAAAUAUAGCCUGCUAGUUCUGCCUACAACUCCUUUUAUAUACUGAUUUUACAAUGACAUAUAAUGAAGCUUUUAGCAUUUAGCACUGAAGCUAGUAAACAUAGUUUUGGUAGUGAUGUGUUUUUUGUAAUGCCUAGAUUGUAGAUUUAACUUGAGAUUCACUUUUGAAGCAGGAGUUAGCAUGUUAGCACGUUGGAUGUUCUGAUACUGUAUAAUGUGGUUCCUGUAUGAGCUUCUAUUCCAUCUUUCCAAUAAAGUAUUGCUAUUUCAGUUAACAAA